GCAUUAAUGUCGCAUCAGUAUCGUGUUCAAAAUGUGCUUGUUAUUAUUUUUGAAAAUCAUCUAACUAUCUCGGUCAGUACAACCCAUAUGACGAAUGAUCCGUAAUAAUGCAUUUUUGAUUAGAACUUAGCGUAGGUAUAUACAUACUAAUUAUUUGCACAAUUUGCACGAUGCCGUUUUUUACUGACUAUGGCAAUUACAUGCACGGCUCGGCCCCGUUCUCCUCGCAGUAUUACAGUCAGCUGCUGCCCUAUCCCGGCUCGAGCCCCGGUGGCCGAUCCGCACCACGGGUGCACAUGGCCCGCAAUUACAACUCGAUCGCUGUCGAGCAAACGCUGAGGGCCAUACGCAGGAGCCCGGGCGCGGUGGCCGCCCGACACUACGCCCGGCCGGUGCACGUGAACACGUCGGAAAUCGACGUGACGUCGCCCCGGCGACCGCGACGGACGGUCGCGACGGAAACGACGGCGGACGUCGGCGGCGGCGGCAGCGGCGGCGGCGGUAACGACAGCGUCAGCAGCGGCGGCAGUGUCAUACACCGCGGCCGUACGGUGGUCCGGUUGCACACGAACAAGAACAACAACAAGAGGUCGGUGGUAAAACCGGCGGACAACCGGCCGGAACCGGUGGCCGCCGUCGAGACCGCCGGGCCGCCGGCACUGCUGUCCGAGGAAGGGCUGGCGAAGAAGGGCACCAUAAAGCGGCACACGUCCGCGGGCGUCAAAGUGCCGGUGAACGACGACCGCCGGCCGUCCGUCACCGACGAGAUAUUGCGCGAGCAGGAGGCGCUGUUCGACACGAUGAUCAUGGAGGAAAUGGAAGGGCAAGAGAAAAGGGUACGGCGCAAGAGCUACCCGGUAGACAUGGGUGGAGGCGGUGGUGAGGGUGGGAAGCAGCCGCACAGGACAAGGGAAACGCGAAAAAAAUCGGUGGCCCCGGCAAUGAUGUACGGUGAACACGCGAGCAAACCGGCCAAGAGUAAGGCGGGUAACUGGAAGUUGAACUACGACGUGAUCAUCGAGGAGAGCGGGAUCGAACCGGUAAGUUUUACGUUCAAGUUGAAUAAUACGACGAAAAAAGAGAGCGACAGUCGCAGCGGCGAUAACGGUAAGCUUGACGCUAACCAUAACGUAGUAAUCAGCAAGUCGCAUGAUAACGACAAUGAUAGCGACAAAAAAAACAACAGCAACAAAAAGCAUGCAAAAACUUUAAUUAAUAAAAAUCAGAGUAAUAAUGAUAAUUCGGAAGGUGGCGUAGUUGGCGAGCCGGUAAAGAAGACGAAAGUGGUGAAAAAGAAAAUAAUCGUUAAGAAGAAGGUGGUCAAGAAGAAGAAAAAGGAGGGGGAGGAGGAAACAGAGAAGGAGGAGCAAUCCGAAAACAGGCAGGAUAAGCAGGAGUUACAGAAAAAAAAGACCCCUUCACCACAACAAAAAAAGACCCUUUCACCACAAAAAAAAAAACCCCUUUCGCCACAAAAAAAAAAAAACCCUUCACCACAAAAAAAAGGGGGUACAACGAACGCUGUUGCGGUGUCCGCGGUGAUUACGCCGUUUGUGCGCGCGUCUUUUGGUAAGACGUUCAUAUCACCGUCGCAAGUGAGCAGCACGAAGAGUAAAUUCGAAAAGCCAAAGCCCAAAAUCAACCUGGAAACACCACCAUCACCGCCGUCUCCGCCAGCUCCAAAAACGCCACUCACCGCCGACGACGGAUCUUCGUCCAACGACGACGAAUCGUCAGGUGAAGAUGACACGUCAUCGUCGUCGUCGUCGUCGUCAUCGUCAUCGUCGUUGUGCAGCGGCAGCAGUGGCAGCACGUUCUACGACUCGGACGAUUACGGUGACAAGAGAGUUGCAUGCAGUAAUUCUUCAUUCGAUUCUGGUUUGCCAUCCUCGCCCGUACCCGCACCAGAUCCCAUAGACUCGUCGUCGUCAUCGGACGCAGCGACAAAUUCUUAUCAAAUCGGCGGCGGCGCUAGUAACGCGGAAGGGGCUGAACGAUCGCUCCGUUCCUACAGUUAUCGACACCAUUCAAGACCUAAACGGGUAGUGCCACCGGCCACCAGCAUACCGCGGUUCCGAAAGUAUGCAGUUGAUGACUUUAACUUCUUGAAAGUGCUUGGCAAAGGCAGUUUUGGAAAGGUAUUACUGGCUGAACUCAAAGGUACCGAUUACUAUUAUGCGGUCAAAUGCCUGAAAAAAGACGUAGUGCUAGAGGAUGACGAUGUCGAAUGCACGCUCAUCGAACGUAAAGUCCUGGCACUAGGGACGAACCAUCCUUACUUAUGUCAUUUGUUUUGCACCUUUCAGACGGAGUCUCAUUUGUUUUUUGUCAUGGAGUAUCUGAACGGUGGCGAUUUGAUGUUUCAUAUUCAACAGUCUGGACGGUUCGACGAAGGCCGAUCUCGAUUUUAUGCGUCUGAAAUAGUAUCAGGUCUCAAGUUCCUGCAUAAAAAAGGCAUUGUGUACAGGGAUUUGAAGCUGGACAACAUAUUGUUAGACUUCAACGGUCAUGUACGUAUCGCUGAUUUUGGAAUGUGCAAACUUCAGAUAUACUUGGACAAAACAGCGGAUACAUUUUGUGGCACGCCUGAUUAUAUGGCGCCAGAGAUAAUCAAAGGCCAGAAAUACAAUCAAAGUGUAGACUGGUGGUCCUUUGGCAUUCUGCUGUACGAGAUGUUGGUUGGCAAAUCGCCAUUCAGUGGUUGUGACGAGGACGCCCUGUUUUGGUCUAUAUGCAACGAACAACCUCAGUAUCCAAGAUACCUGUCGGUCGAUUCUAAAUCUGUUCUGGUAGCUUUACUAGAUAAAGAUGCUUCUAAACGAUUGGGGUCUUUGGAAGCUAACCAUUCGGCCGAGGAUGUGAUCAGACAUCCAUUUUUCAGUUCAAUGGACUGGUGUAAAUUGGAGAGACGAGAGUUAGAACCUCCAUACAUGCCUAGAGUUUAUCAUCCUUUGGACACUCAUUAUUUUGAUAAGCACUUCACUAAAGAGAAACCGAGACUGACACCUGUUGAUAAAACCAUACUUCAGUCGAUGGAUCAGUCUCAAUUUGAUGGGUUUACUUACACCAAUCCAAAUGUCACAGAUUCAUGAGUCAUUGGGCACCUCAAUGUUUUAUAUAAAUAUAACUACAUCUUAUAAUUUUUAUAUUUGAUAAAUUCUUAUUUUUAUUCAAUUUUUUUUUUUUUGUGUAUAACUCAGUCAGUACAAAUAAGAUUGAUAGAAAAUGUUUAAAAUGUGAUACGUAAACAUAAUAAUACUAUCACCACUUUUUAA